AUGGUGGACACAGAGACCUGCAGCCAGGCCUACCUCAGCAUGGAUGGCAGCACCUUCAGGCCAGACAUGCUGUUUGAUGGGGGCUGGCAUACACUGCCAGUCCUGGAAGGCCCCCAGCACCGCCGAGGCCAAAAGACCUCGGUCAGUGGUAUAACCUGGUCGUGGCAGCAGAGCCUAAUAGUGCACCUGUGCAGCUGCGCCCAGCGCGUUCCCAUCAAUGACGGCCGGGCUCUCCCUCUGGUGGAGACAGGAGGAACUGCGUCGCUCCGAACAUCGCUUGGCUUUGCGGAAGAAAACAGCAAACUGUUUGUGAACCCCAUGAUUGGCGCACAUAAAAUCCUAAGGGUCCCGCAGACGCCGGCGCAGACGAACUUGAUGCUGAAUCUGCUGGUGCUGGCACUGCCUCUUCUGUUCAGUAUGGUCCAUGGGGCCCCUGCCACUGGCCUAGCUCUGGAAUGAGUGGGCAUCGUGGGAGGAGAGGAGGCCCCUGAGACCAAGUGGCCCUGGCAAGUGAGCCUGAGAUUCUACAAAAGAUACUGGAUGCAUGUGUGUGGAGGCUCCCUCAUCCACCCACAGUGGGUGCUGACCGCUGCUCACUGUGUGGGACCAGAAAUCAGAAGCCCAGAGUUCUACCGGGUACAGCUUCGCCAACAGCACCUUUACUACCGAGACCAGCUGCUGGCCAUCAGCAGGAUCAUCCCUCACCCCAACUACUAUAUUGUGGAGGAUGGGGCGGACAUUGCCCUGCUGGAGCUCGAGGAUCCAGUGAACAUCUCCAGCCAUGUUCACCCCAUCUCUCUGCCCCCUGCCUCGGAGACCUUCCCCUCGGGGACACCGUGCUGGGUGACAGGCUGGGGCAAUGUGCAUGACGGCGAGUCCCUCCCACCACCGUUUCCCCUGAAGCAGGUGAAAGUCCCGAUUGUGGAAAACCACCUUUGUGACGCGCAGCACCACACAGGGCUCUACACAGGGGACAGCGUUCACAUUGUCUGUGAUGACAUGCUGUGUGCUGGGAAAAUAGGGCACAGCACCUGCCAGGGUGACUCUGGAGGGCCCCUGGUCUGCAAGGUGAAGGGUGCCUGGCUGCAGGCGGGCGUGGUCAGCUGGGGUGAGGGCUGUGCUCAUGCCAACCGGCCAGGCAUCUACACCUGUCUUACCCACUACUUGGACUGGAUCCACCGCUAUGUCCCCAAGGUCCCCUGAGCCAGGUUGGCAGGGUUGCCACCCAGAUCAGGGCAUCAUCAGUCCUUAUCCUGCCUCAGCACACUGUUUCCUUCCCAGGUGGCAUCACCCCACCUUGCCAAACCCCCAACCCCUUCCCUGUGGACCCCUCCACCUGCCUCCCAGCCUGUAGGUGGCAGGUGCUAAUCCUCCUGGCUGCUGUGUCUCAUUAAA